AACACAUCGAAAAUUUCAAAAAUCUGUGCGUACAAAACCUAAAGACCAUGUCUUUGCGACGAAGCAUAAGGAUUGAGCUUGCUGCCAGGGCUUCCGCCGCCACCCGGAAUGAAACUAGUAGCGCCGUCCAGCGUACUGCAACCCACCGCAUAAGGAAGUGGCGUGCUGCCACCGACACCCCAAAUGCUGCUAGUAGCGCCGUACAACGUCAUGCAACCCACCGCAUAAGGAAUCGGCGUGCUGCCACCGCUAUCCGAAAUGCUACUAGUAGCGCCGUACAACGGCCACGGGGCGGUGGCCCCAAGGGACGUCUUGUCCGUGAGCUAAAAGAAAUAAUGCUCAAUCCAACGGACGGUUGCCAUGUGGAGAUCGUUGAAGACGAUAUAACCCACUGGCACUGCAUUUGUCUCGGCCCUUCCAAUUCUCCCUAUGAGGGAGGGCACUUAAUCCAUUAAUCAAGGCUCUUUUCCUUAUUUAAAAAGUAAAGAAUUUGACUUCUAA